GCGGACCACGCCCCGGCCCCGGCUCUGUGCACCGGGCUAGCUUAGCUCACUGCUGCCGCUACAUCCGGGCGCCCCGUUAGGUUUACCAGCGCUGCGAAGAUGGCGACCACAGGGAGGAGUGCAUUAUUAUCCUCCACCUCCACUGGACCUAAGAGCACAUUGGACAACUCCAACCCAGAAGAGGAUGACGGACAGAACUUAUGGUCCACCAUCCUGAGUGAAGUGUCGACUCAUUCAAGGUCUAAGCUACCGUCUGGGAAAAAUGUCCUGGUCAUGGGUGAGGUGGGUUCGGGGAAGACCACAUUGGUUGCGAAACUACAGGGGAUUGAGGAGUACAUGAAGGGCCGUGGCCUGGAAUACCUUUACUUCAGCGUUCAUGAUGAUGACAUUGAUGACCAGACUCGGUGUAAUGCUUGGGUGCUGGAUGGGGACCUUUACCAUAAGGGGCUUCAGGGCGUGGCCGUUCCGGUGGACUCUAUCGAGAACACGCUGCUGCUGAUAACUGUUGACAUGUCGCGGCCGUGGAACGCUUUGGAUUCCCUCCAGAAGUGGGCAGCCGUUGCUAGGGAACACAUCGACAAACUCAGAGUGGCCCCAGAAAAGCUGCGGGAGCUGGAACACCGAGUUGUGAAACAGUUCCAGGAGUACACAGAGCCGGGCAGUGGGGAGGAUGGCACACCUCAGAGGAGGAGUGAAGAUGAGGAGGGCGUGCUGCUGCCGUUAGGAGACAACACACUGACGCACAACCUGGGAAUACCAGUGGUGGUGGUCUGCACUAAGUGUGACGCCAUCAGCACCUUGGAGAAGGAGCAUGACUACAGAGACGAACACCUGGACUUCAUCCAGUCCCACAUCAGACAUUUCUGUCUGCAGUAUGGCGCCUCUCUGCUUUACACAUCAGUGAAGGAGAUGAAGAACCUGGACAUCCUGUACAAAUAUCUGGUCCACAGACUUUACGGCUUUCCCUUCCACAGCCCUGCUCAAGUGGUGGAAAGGGAUGCUGUCUUCAUUCCAUCAGGCUGGGACAAUGAGAAAAAGAUUGCAAUACUUCAUGAGAACUUCCAGACAGUAAAAGCAGACGACGGCUAUGAAGACGUAAUAGUCAAACCUCCAGUUCGAAAGGUUGUUCAUGAAAAAGAAAUUCAGGCAGAAGAUGACCAAGUGUUCCUGGUGAAACUGCAGUCGCUGCUUGCCAAACAGCCUGCUGUGACAGCAGGGCGACCAGUGGACACCACUAGCAGGGCGCCCACAGGCUCGCCGAGGACAAGUAACCGCUCUGCAGCGGCCAACGUCGCCAACGCCAUGCCACAGUCCGGUCAGACCAGCGAGGGGGUGCUGGCCAACUUCUUUAACAGCCUACUGACAAAAAAGGCGGGGGCAGGAGGGCCCGGGACGCCCGGUGGUGGCAACAAUACUCCUGGAACUGUACGGAAGUCAGGAUCGAAGCUGGGCCUGAGCGACGUCCAGGCAGAGCUGGACCGCAUAUCCAGCCGAGAGACUGACCCAGACUUGUCCAAUGCCAAUGAGACCCCCGCCAACGAUGGCCAGGACACAUGAAGAGCAACCAACCCCCCUUCACCCCUGUUCCCCUUUUCUCCCCACCUCAGUCACCGUUCACCUCCAUUCUCCCCUCCACCUUCACCCUACAUUUCAUUAAAGGGAUGCUGGGGAAGCGGAGGGGUGGAUGUACAGUUAUUCCUCUCCGUUAUCUUUUCACUCUCUUCUCAAGGAGAAGAAGUUGCCAUCUCCUCCCAUGUUCCUUCUCCCACACCCAACCAGCCCCCUUUUUUUCUGGCUUUUAACACUAAGGACAAGUAUCUGUCACUGUUACUUGCAAGACUGUCUGUUACAUGAGAAUAUAUCAGUAAGGGGACCAGUUGGGGAGAAAGGAAAAGAGAGGUGGGUUCAAGAAUGAAAGCAAGGGUGUUUUAUCCAUCCAUUUAUUGCGAUGGUACAGUUGGUGUUUUUACAGUAGGAAAGGCUGAGGGCGCAUGUGAAAGAAAUUGCACUUAGGUAAUAUAGGGAUGAUUGUGUGUGUUUAAUGUAAGGCAAGGGACACUUUGCUAAAGGAAGGGACGGAGGGAAAACCUAAACAAACAUGCAAACAGUUUUUUUUUUAAGAUGAAGGGAAAAACAUACAGUAUUUGUGUGUAUGUGUGUGUGAUUGUGUGUGUGUGUGUGCGUGUGUAAGACUGAGAACAGCAAAGUGAGAAUGUG